UGAGGAAUGAGGUGUUUCCAUUGCAUUUAUCCGAGUUAUCGCCUCAGCAUGUGGAUGCGUUCCGGCUGCUAGAGGACAGGAAACACAAGCUCUCACCCGAGACCGCCGCUCUCUACCUGCUUCGACAACAGCACAAGCUAUUGGAGACUGAGAUCAGCAGGAAGAAAAAGGAGUGUGAAGUCCUUGAGGAGGAGGUGAAGAAAAAGAGCCAGUCAUGUCAAACUCUGGAGAGUGAGCUUCAGCAUGUUCUGCAGGAGAAAGCACGUCUGAAUCUCCGCUUGUUCAACGAUAUCCAGAAGGCAGCAAAGUAUGAGCAGGUGAAAAGUGAGUAUGAACAGCUGCAGGAGGCUCUGUACACUGUGACAGUGGAGAGAGAUUGUGCUCUGUUGGAGAAGACUGAGCUCCAAGGCAAACUGGAGAACCUAGAGCAGGUGCUGAAGCAUAUGCGAGAGGCUGCAGAGAGGAGGCAGCAGCUAGAAUUAGAGCAUGAACAAGCCUUGGCCGUCCUCAAUGCUAAGCAGCAGGAGAUUGACCUUCUGCAGAAGGCUCAGGUUGAGGCUAAGAAGGACCAUGAAGGUGCCGUCCAUCUGUUAGAGAAUCACUUGGACAGCAUGCAGCUGAGAAGUUUCCUUCGCACUAAGAACACAAUGCGAUUUUUGGCUAAAGUGAGAGAACUGGAGGAAAAAUGCCGGUCACAGAGUGAGCAGUUUAACCUGCUGUCAAAAGAGUUGGAGAAGUUCAGGUUGCAGGCUGGGAAGUUAGACAUCCUGAGCAGCAGUCAGCUGACAGGGGGCGACUCGCCCGGCUCCCCCUCCAAACCCCUCACCCUCUCCCAGCUUCUCAACGGCCUCACUUCCCCCUCUGCGAAAGGUAACGAGGAUUCAAUGAGUAAGAUCUCAGAGCUCAUUCGGCCUCUACAGAUGACUGAGGGGGAGAAGGCAGAGCUCCUGUCUGUCAAACCCACCUUCCUUUCACGCAGCACACCCUCCAGCCCACGGCGAACCUUCCUCUCAGAGGUGCGGCCCGUCAUCUCCACUGCUAUGGACAAAGAGCUCAGCUCAUCUCCAAGGUCUAAGUCCAGAUUCACAGGCAAAGUGCGACUGUGUGUUGCCCGCUACAAUUAUAACCCUUAUGAUGGCCCCAAUGAGCAUCCUGAGGCAGAGCUCCCCCUGGUGGCUGGGAAGUACCUGUAUGUUUAUGGGACAAUGGAUGAGGACGGCUUCUAUGAGGGUGAGCUGUUGGAUGGACAGCAGGGUCUGGUUCCCUCCAACUUUGUGGACUUUGUCCAGGAUGAGGAGCCCCCGUCAGUUUCUCUUUUGGACCGCAUCAAGGAACCGUCCUACCUCAACCACAGCCCCGCCUCCAUGCCCAGCAGUGCCGUCAGUACACUCAGCACGCUUCUCUCAGAGAAGCUGGACACCUUGGGCUCAUGUACCGGGACGGGGACCAGCAGUAGCAGUGGGGUGAGCAGCUUGGGCAUGAGCAUGGGUCUUGGUGUGGACUUUCUGGGACCCUGCAGCAAUGGCACAGGAACGCUGGACGUGAACAUUGACGAGAUCGGAGAAGACAUUGUGCCUUACCCCCGCCGCAUUACCUUGAUCAAGCAGCUGGCCAAGAGCGUUAUCAUAAGCUGGGACGCUCCAGUGGUGCUGCCCGGGUGGACGGCCAUCAGCGGCUACAACGUGCUGGUGGAUCAGGAGGUACGCAUGAGCGUGCCCUUUGGGGGCCGCACCAAGUCUUUGAUCGAGAAGCUGAACCUGGCCUCUUGUGCGCACCGCAUCUCCAUCCAGAGCAUGACGGAGCGGGGGCUCUCAGAUCCGCUGCGCUGCACACUGCUGGUGGGGAAAGAUGUGGUGGUGGCACCCUAUUACCUUCGUGUGGAGAACAUCACGCAAGUAUCGGCUGAGCUCACCUGGAUGCCAAGCAACAGCAACUACAGCCACAUGAUUUUCCUGAAUGACGUGGAGUAUGAUGUUGUGAAGCCUGGAGGGUACAAAUACCACUUCUAUAACUUGAAGCCCAUGACAGUGUAUAAGAUACGGGUUGUGGCCCGGCCCCAUCAGAUGCCCUGGCAGCUUCCCCUUGAGCAGAGGGAGAAGAAGGAGGUCUCAGUGGAGUUCUGCACUCAGCCAGCCGGCCCUCCUUUACCUCCUCAGGAUGUGCAAGUUCAGAUGGGACAGACACCUGGAGUCUUGCAGAUCUGUUGGAAGCCUCCUUCUCUCACUCCUACGGGCACUUCCAAUGGAGCCAGUGUAAUCGGAUACAUGGUCUGCACUAAAGGUCAAAAGAUAGCAGAGAUAAUGUACCCCACAGCAGAUUUCGUUACGGUGGAACUGAACCGUAUCCAGUGUCUGGAAGCGCGGGAGGUCAUUGUGAGGACAAUAUCAGCACAAGGAGAGUCGCAGGACUCUCCCGUGGCCGCCAUUCCGCACAGCCUCCUGGUGCCUCACUCCCACGGACACCCCCCACCCCCCCAUCCGCCUCCCUAUCCUCAAGCCUACCCCUCUACCCAUCCACAGCCGCAUGUUCAGCCCCACUCCAUCCCGCCACCCCACCCUCAUCCACCACCCUCACACCCCAAUGUUCACCCCUCACCCUCCCACUACCCCAUGUCUAAACCCAAACUCUUACCAAGUGCCAGAGACCCCCAUGCCAAAGAGCCAGAGAUGGGCAGGCGAAUGGGUCAGCCCUGGGAGCCGCAUCCCCGGGCCCCGUCACCCCUUCCGCCCCCUUCACACCGGGGACACACACUGGAGCCCCCUCACAUAGAGGGCCGGCGCUCACCCUCCCCUCAGAGGAUCUUACCUCAACCUCAGGGAGUGCCCAUUCCCAACACAGUGGCUCGUGCUAUAGCCCGCCAGGCGGCGCAGAGGAGCGCCCCAAACAGCAGGGUGGAGAGGAGGAACAUCUUCAGUGAGAGGGGUAACGCUCCGCAUUCAUUAAAUUCAGAUGAGGAGGAGGAUGGGUACGAUUCCCCUCAUGCCAGACGAAGAGGUGCUUCUGUGGAUGAGUUUCUCAGAGGUUCUGAGCUGGGGAGACAGCAUCAUCAAUACAACCACAGUGAUGAGUACUACACUGAGAGCAGUCGGGGCUCCGAUCUGUCAGACAUCAUCGAGGAGGAUGAGGAGGAGCUGUACUCGGACAUGCAGCUGGAAGAAGGACGUCGCCGCAGCAUCAACUCGCACAACACAUUAAAGGCAUAUUAUAGGCGUCAGGACCUAGCAGUGGACCGGGACAGUUGGGACCUGCAGCGGGAGGUGGUACGACAGCGUUCCUUGCGCUCCCACAAGCGGCUACACAGCAUUCCGGAAGUUGCAGAGGAGGAGCAGGACACUGGGGUGGAGGUCCUGGGUCAGCGGCUGCGUUUUGAGGAGGCUUGUCCGGGCACUCCUUGCAGGAGCCCACAGCCCUACCACCAAAACUCACGGCAGCCGAACCACCUCUCCCCGAGUAAGAGUGUCCGCAGGCUGCAGAGGCAGCGCUCCUCUCCACGCUACAGCUCCAUAGAGGACCGACCACCAUGCUGGAACAGUAGCAGGCAGACCACUAAGAGCCCGGACAGCGGACUAGACUGCGGGAGCGAGGAGGAGGGCUCGCUUGGCUACCGUGGAAGUUACCACUUGUCCAGAGGGGGCAGCCCGCUUCGAGUGGGUUCUGGCCCCAACAUGCGGGUAAUCCACAGUGAGGGGCCUGUGGAGAGGCGUGCUCUGGCUGCUGGCAGGAAAAGGUCACUGACCCGGCAGUGUAGCAUGGAGGAGGACUUCCUGGAUACCAUUCCGGAGACAAGGAGCAUGCGAGAGUCAUAUCACCAUUAUCACUAUCAUCCACACCUUCACCAUCCCCAACGCAGGUUCCGGAGCGAGGGCAGGCUGAGCGAGGUUGGCAGGACCUAUCACACGGACAUUAGGGCAUACUCUGUGGCCAGACUCAACAGGGCAAUGGAUGAACCCCUGAUUUUAGGGAGCUCUCCCUCAACAGGACGCUCGGAUCGACUGGACCAUUCCGGCCAUAGGACGAGUCGCAGCCGUCCACCCGCUCAGAGAAGACCAAUGACAGUCCCUUCCAUUGAGAUCACCGUGGAGAAUAACAGUGAGGGGAGUGAGGGGAACCUCUCACCUAUCAAGGAUGAUGUUUACUAUACCAGUGUAGCCCACCGCAGGACAUGGCCCCCACAGCGAACAGAGCACCAAUAUGAUGGGUAUGGAGGACGGGACCGGCGGUCUCCAGACUACUAUGAGUCAGAGCCAGAGGACUUGUCCCGAAUCUUUGUGGCCAUGUUUGACUAUGACCCCCUGUCAAUGUCACCUAACCCUGAUGCUGCAGCCGAGGAGCUUCCCUUCAAGGAGGGCCAGAUCAUAAAGGUGUUUGGAGAGAAGGACACAGAUGGAUUCUAUAGGGCAGAGAUCUGUGGUCGCAGGGGGCUCGUCCCCUGUAACAUGGUCUCAGAGAUCCAGACGGAUGAUGAUGAAAUGGUGGACCAGCUGCUCAAACAGGGCUUUCUUCCUCUCAACACACCCAUUGAGAAAAUAGUAAACUGUAAUAGGUUCAAAGAUGGCCGUUCAGUUAAUCGCAGGUCCCGGAAAUCCAAGAGAGAGAGGAACAAAAGGAGUGGAAGGCAGCACCAGGUGUCGACGCGGAGGAUGGUGGCCUUGUACGACUAUGACCCCAGAGAGAGCUCUCCUAAUGUGGAUGUGGAGGCCCGCUAUGGGGGCAGCUUGCAGAGUGAGGAGGCCGAGCUGACGUUUUGUGCAGGUGAUGUGAUCACAGUUUUUGGAGAGAUCGACGAGGACGGCUUUUACUACGGGGAGCUCAAUGGACACAAGGGUCUGGUCCCCUCCAACUUUCUCGAAGAAGUGCCUGAUGACGUGGAGGUUUACCUCACCAACCCCCCGAGCCGUCACCCCCAGGACCACCCGUCCCGGACAAAGAACAAAAGGAAGAAGAGUGUUCAUUUCACUCCGUAACGGCUCAGUAUCUGUCACGUAAGUGAGCAACAGAGGAUACCACAAAUAACGCUGUCCUCGUCUAAUGCACACGACGCGGUCCUUAUUACUGCACAAAACACACUCAUAUGACACAUUCACAACAACCAUUUACACAAAAGAUUCAGAAAAAGUGGCCAUAGACUAAUGAAGUUGAUGUUUAAAGUUUGAAUUGCUUAAAUCAUCAUUUCAGAAUUUGCAUAUGAAAUAAAUGGAUCAUAAUUAAUAGCAUUUUUAAUUUAAUAAACAUUUUCUUAAUAUUUAAAUGUUUAAUUAAUAUGUACUGAUUAUGUUUAUUAUUUACAAAUAUUUUAUAUUUAGAAUGUAUUAAUAUAUUAUAUAAUAAUAAUAAUAAUAUAUGUAAUUUUUUAUGUUUGCAAUUUUAAUAUUACAAUUGUAUUUAAAAUAUUUGUAAAGAUCUAAAUUGAUUCAAAUAUUUUCAUUAUUAUUAUUUUUUUAAAAAAACAUUUUUAUUCAUUAAAAUUACUAUUUAAUUAAUAGCGGUUAAGUAGUGUAAAAAUGACAGUCUUAGUAUGCACACAAAUUCCCUGCAGAAACAUGCACUGACUGAGUUACUCAUCAUUGUCAUGGCCUGGAAUUACCAUGUCAUAUUUUUUGUGCAUCAGUUCACAGUACCAGAAGUGUGGCUGCUCCAAGAGCUGUGAUUGGUAAUAUCUGCUGUCAGUGCAUUAGACAGGCACAGCUGGUAUCUUCAGUUGUUUCUCUGGGUGUUGUUGUCCAUUAUAAUGUUCGUCUUUCAUUGACUCCUACUGUAAGUUAUAAGAAGCUAUAAGGCCAUUGUUGCACGGUCAGAUUUGGACCCCUGACCCCACCCCUUAUCUUCUCUAAUGUGUGCAGUUUAGUAGCUUCCUAGUGUAAGCCCUGGGAUAUACCCUCUCCUCUCCUGUAGCUGUGCACACUAUCAUACCACACUGAGCACAAAUUCACAAUAAACGCUUUUGAAAUGAAUACUGAAACAUUGGCCAGGUCCACCGGAUCAUAAAGGUGUGUGUGUGAUUGGGGUGCACUAUUUCCAUUAACUCUUGGAAUGAUCAAAAAUGUCUAGCAAGCAUAAGUAUCGUUACCCUUAUCGAGUAGAUUUUAGUUGUAUACUGUUUCCUGAACUUGAUUAAGUUUGUGCAUUCUUACAGCCACUUUUGUAAAUGAAGCUUUUUUAAAGCAGGUUUGAUUUGGCUCCAACACCCUUGGUGAAGUUACCAUGCUGAAAGGUGAUAGAUUACUUCAAAAGACGGGUAAAUUAAAUACAUAUCUUCUCUUUUCAUUACUAUUAUAGAUCAUGUUGCUGUUAGCAUAAAUAAUACAUUUCAUUUUGUGUUAUGCAACUAUGCCACUGAUAUUAAGGGCAACUUAUGGCAUGUAAAAUAUGUGUUUACUCAUCCCCUGGCCAUACAAGAUGUAGAUGGGUUUGUUUUUUCAUCAGAACAAAUCUGGAUAAGUUUAGCAUUACAUGAAUUGUUCACCAAUUGAUUUCCCCUGCAGUGAAUGGGUGCCGUCAGAAUGAGAGUCCAAAAAUCUGAUUAAAAAAAACAACACAAUAACCCACACAUCUGUUAGCGUCUUGUGUGUCAUGAAGAUGUUUUUCAUUUUAAACCGUUCUGCUUCUGGCUAUUAAUAGUGUGUUCCCCGUCUGAUUGUGAUGUUUUUCUGACGGCACCCAUUCACUGCAUAUGAUCCACUAGUGAACGAGUGAUGUAGUGCUAAAUUUCUCCAAAUAUCUUUUGAUGAAGAAACAAAAAAGAAAUCUUUUGGGUUACACCACAUAUCGUUCACAGAUUACUGUUUAGAGUGCCGCCCCCUAAUAUCGGGGUCUAUUAUUCAUGAUGUAAAAUGUACUAUUGAUUGCUAAUUGAGUGUAAGGUGGCCCUGCUGGGACAGAAAGGACUGUGAGAGGAGAUGGAGUGUCUGUUGUACAGUAAUGACAUUGAGAUGCUUUAAAAAGCAAAGAAACACCUUCUUCUCUUUUUAAACAUCCAGCCCUGAACUGUCCCCUGCGGGUCUUCCGUUAGGUUCCCGUGGAAAAAGCGGGGUCCUCCCAGAAGAAGUGCCAGCCCCAUAGUACGCCUACACAUCCCGGGGUCCGGCAAUCCCACCCGGCGCCCCCGAGCUAACUCUAAGAAAACAGGACUGCUCUCCAAAGGAAAGAAUCUGUUAAAAAGGCUUGGUGCUGUCAAAUAGUUUCACAUUACUCUCUUCACAGCAGCCGGGAUAAAGAGAUUGGAAUUGCAGAGAAAUGACCUUAGAAGGUGGGAAAAAGAACAUUUCUCCCAUCUUCUGUUUCUGUGAUCACAUGGAUUGGCCACGGAAAAGAGAAAAGGAAAUGGUGAAAACUAGGGCUUUCAUGACCACAACUUCAGCUUUAUGCCAUUGAAACUGUUCUGCAAGUUCUGUCUGCCCAUGUUUGAUUCUUAAUAGCACAGAAACGCUCACUAAAUGUGACUUACUAAAAUGUUGUGUUAUAGAUGUACAAUACAAGGGAUGUUCCCAGAUAAUGAAAUAAAAUCUAUAUUUAUUUAAUUAGAAGGAUAUUGAAUUGUAUUCAUUUGAAUGGAUAUUCAAUUUAUUGUUGUUUAAUAAAGCUUUUAAAUAUUUAAUAAAAAAAAAUUAUUAAUAAUUGUCAUUAUAAUAAUUGAAUAUCUCUUAAACGUAAUAAAAUGUAAUAUUACAAUAUAAUAAAUAUUCAGUAAUAAUAAUAAUUAUUAUUAUUAGACUAUAUUUUUGGCACAUUUUUCAUCUAGACCUGCUGUUCUUAGAGAAUAACCUACUGUAAUAAUGUAGCACAAAGUUUUAGGAGUUGAAAUGUGAUGAAAUUUAGGUUUUACAGUGACUAGGCAUGGCCUAUAUUUCUACAAAUACCUUGAGGGAAAACCGUGUGUUCUGCCACUUUUGACAGGAGUAUUUAGAUUUUUUUGAAAGCACUGACAGGUCACGAAACACCUUGUGAAAGUGCGCCUCCUCAUAUUUGCCUUAUUCAAUGCACAAUGGUUCGUGUUGUGUCCAGUCAGUUGGGUGAGAUUUGUCUGUGUCGUAUGCAGUCAUGUCGAUGCUUUCCUUCUAAAAGAAAAAGUGUACUUCAAAUCUGUGUGACCAAGUGUUUUUUAUUUCAUUUAUUUAUUUUUCAAUGGGUGUCAAAAUUAGGCGCGGGAUUCUAACUUCGUUUAAACACUUUGAAAGGAGCACAUGUCUGUUUAAAUGCUUCAGAAAUCCAUUCACGUGUAAAUUGUGCAUGCAGCUGAAUGCAACAAUUUGCAUAAGAAUGUUUUUUAUUUAUGAUUUACACAGAAGCAGGCCCUUAAUUUCCACUUUUAGCACAACUUAUUCAGAGUUUUGCAUAAAUCAGUUUUUGUUGUUGACUCACUGAUGCCUCUACUAGCAUUCAAAUCAUUCGAAUAACAUGAUGCACAUAUUCUGUACUUGAUAAGGAUGAAGGAAAUAGGCAGUUGCGAAUGUAUGGCCAAGGAAAACCUUUGCAGAAACAUUUCUAACAGUUAUUCCGUCUCAAAUAUGUGAUCCAUUUCAUCCAGUCUGUACUGUAUUUCUUCUCCAUACAUUGUUCAUCAUGUUUUGUUUGUCACUUCACCCCUUCAUUCUGUCCUGAAGGAAACAUAAUAAAAGUAGGUUUGCAAGGAUGGACCGAGGCUGCCAAAAAAACAGUAAUGUAUGGGAAACAUUCUGUAUAUCUUCUACAAUUUUCAGCCAAAUUUCCAGGCAUGUGAAUUCAUCAGAAUAACUGUUUUGUUUUUGUUUUUCUCCCCGGAAUAAUUUAAUCAUAAGAUCUGUUACAGAGCGUUGCUUCUACAUGUUUGAGUGACUGCUGCUCUUUUUGUACUUUUUUGUCCAUUUGUACAUUCUUUUUAAAUGUUUAUACUUGCUUUUCAGACUGCCUUUUUUCUACAUUAAACUUUAUAAUCUGACAGUGCAAGCUUUUCCUCAUGGUGUCUUCAAACCGUAAUGUUUUAAAGUCUGCAAUUGUGUGCUAGCUUUAUGAAAAAGAAUUAUAAGCCUAUAUUGAUGAUUAUCAAAUGUUGUGUGUGUGCAUGUGCAGUUUUAUAUCAGAAUAAAUUUGAUAUUUUAUACA